UUUCAGUCUGAAAACCUUGAAUGAUGUAUGUGUAUUGUGCUGUCUUGUAUUUUCUGAGAUUUGGCUGGCAUGAUUGAAGCAUUCUAGUUAAUUAGAACUAGACUGUUUUUUAGAGUACAAAAGAGCGGUGGAAUGGUAGCUGUUUCUUAGACUGUAGCUGUACAUAAGCCACCAAAUAUAAAUUAUGCACAAGUCCAUUCCACACUGCUGUGGGUCUUAAAUAUUAGAUAAGCUUUUUAUUACUUUUACGUCACUGGUAGCCUUUUAGAGUUGUCUUCAUGUAUUCCACGUAACAGUCUGUGAUUAAUUUUUUGCUGGUGGUUGUUCUAAGCUGGUGGUUCUGGUGACUUGUCACCUCCAUGUGGUGGAAGUGGUGCUGAGAUGUCUUGCCUUCUUUCAAACAAUUCUUGAGUCAAGAAAACAAUUAAUGAGAAAUCUGUAUGAAGAGAACACAUCUCUUCUGCUUUUGGUGUGUGUUAUCUAUUACCACAUCACUUCUGAAGAUGCUUUGGAAUUAAAGCUAAUGCUUGAUUUCUAGUAACCUUAUUUUGAAAGCUGACUAUUUUAAAGGAUUUGCAAUAUAAUAGGCAUCUGUCUUAAGUACUGAGAUCAAACUAAGAUAGAAAUAUGAUGGCUGCACCAUCAACGUACAACUAAGAUGCCUCAGGUCGAUUUUAUUGGAUAAAGGAGGAGGAUGGCGGGCAAUAAUCAGCUUUGCAUUCGACGUUGGACUACCAAGAACGUGGCCAGGUGGCUGAAGGAAGAAGGCUUCUGUGAAUACGUGGAUGUUUUGUGCAAUAGACACAGGCUAGAUGGAAUUACGCUGCUGACACUUACCGAGUAUGAUUUACGAUCCCCUCCUUUGGAAAUCAAAGUCCUGGGGGAUAUCAAAAGGCUAAUGCUGUCCAUACGCAAGCUACAGAAGCAACAUAUUGAUGUCCUGGAGGAGCUGGGUUACAACAGCGACAGUCAUGUUGGCACAGCGGGCCCGAGUGUUGCCUUACUGCAGGGGACGGACUGGUUUUGUAACGGUGAAGUACCACGGGACUGUGACGGACCAAUUACUGACUUGAACGGUGAUCAGUAUCAAUAUGCGAAUGGCAAAAACAAACACUCUACCCGAAGGCUGGACCCAGAGUAUUGGAAGACAGUUUUAAGUUGUGUGUAUGUCUUCAUAGUGUUUGGCUUUACAUCGUUCGUUAUGGUUAUAGUGCAUGAGCGAGUACCCGACAUGCAAACAUAUCCACCUCUGCCAGACAUAUUUCUAGACAGCGUCCCUAGGAUACCGUGGGCUUUUGCUAUGACUGAAGUAUGUGGUGUAAUUCUGUGCUACAUUUGGCUGUUGGUUCUUCUGCUUCACAAACACAGAUCUAUACUUCUGCGAAGGCUGUGCAGCCUCAUGGGGACAGUAUUCUUAUUACGUUGUGUUACAAUGUUUGUUACCUCACUCUCUGUGCCGGGCCAGCACUUGCAGUGUACUGGAAAGUUGUACGGCAAUGUUUGGGCAAAACUCCAGCGGGCAUUUGCAAUAUGGAGUGGCUUUGGAAUGACUCUGACGGGAGUACACACGUGUGGAGAUUACAUGUUCAGUGGCCACACUGUCGUCCUGACCAUGCUCAACUUCUUUGUCACGGAAUAUACACCAAGGAGCUGGAACUUCUUGCAUACCUUAUCCUGGGUCCUGAAUCUCUUCGGAAUUUUCUUCAUUUUGGCUGCACAUGAACAUUAUUCUAUAGAUGUCUUCAUUGCCUUUUACAUCACUACAAGACUCUUUUUGUAUUACCAUACGCUGGCUAAUACUAGAGCAUAUCAACAGAGUAGGAGAGCAAGGAUCUGGUUUCCAAUGUUUUCUUUUUUUGAAUGCAAUGUUAAUGGUACCGUUCCCAAUGAGUAUUGCUGGCCCUUCUCCAAACCUACUAUACUGAAAAGAUUAAUUGGCUGAAGAGCGCGUGGUUUUCUGAAGCAUUGUGACUAAGAUCCUACAAGGCUAGCUGCGGGGGGCUGGGGCAGCGGAUAUUAAGUAAGAUUUUUCACUCUGUGAUUGCCGCCUCCUUGUCUUGUUCUGUAGAUCCUUAGCCGUAAAAUGAGGUUCCCACACCACAGGGCUGUCUUUUGCGUUCUUGUUGCUAAGUACAAAACAACGCAGGGACCGGUUAAGGCUAUCAGCGAACCACGAAUAUGAACCAGAAUCCCGCUACCCUUAAGUAAGGUGCUGUGUGAAUGUUUAACUUUAACCUCAAAUAUGUGUUUGUACUGAAUAUAAUGUGCCCUUUACAGCUCCAAAUAACCUUCGUUACCUGACAUGUCAGCCUUUACAUAUACUGACUAAAAAAUUAGAACUUUAUGAAGAUUUUCUUUUAAAACAGUCAUAAAUGUAAUUUUUGAAACAAUCUCUGUGUGUGCUUAAAGAUUGAGGAGUAGUGUGUCAUAAUGAGGAAAGCAGUCUAGCUCCUUGCUGAAAGGGUCUCUUAACUGUUAAAUAACAAGUCUUAAAGUAUAAUUGACAAUAUAAAUAUAAAUGGUCUGCGUACAGGUUGCCAAAAAUGAAAGUCUGCCUUGUGGCUAUGCAGUGAUGAUGUUUUUCUAAUGAGAGCUUAUUUAGUCUAGUCCAUAAGUUGUCUAUAUGGUUGUUCUAGCACUUGAAAGUUUUCCCUUUUGUGUUUAAAUAAAUGAGUUAAAUGCUGCAUUCACAGAAAGUGAAGUUAAUUUAGCUUUAGUGAGUUUAAAGCCACAAAAUAACUUUUGUGUGGUUUUAAUUGCUUUAUACCCAAACCUGUGCAUGCUUUUUAGGAGCAGCUCUUUUAACAUUUGAAAAACAGAACAGUUAUCUUCAUAUAUCUUACUGUCCCAUAAAUGGAUGGGGAAAAUGCAUGUAGUAACUCUUUCAGGAAAAGUAAUAAUAGUGAGUAUUGGAAAUAGUGCUCAUAUUGAUGUAUGUUUUAGCACUCUGGUGUCAACAAUAUGGUGAGUAUCUCUGGAUCUAUAUACACAGUAUAUUUGUUUAUAUAUAUAUCUCGAUACACACAGUAUAUGUUCUUCUAACAAGUAUGAAAAGAGGCUAGGGCUUGAUUUGAGUUGCUCAUUUACUAUGCUGAAAGAUAAAAGUACCAUAAGCAGUUGAGGUUUGGAUGUUUUAAAAUAAAUAAAUAAACCCUAAAAACAAGACCACCACAAAACAUGCCCCAAACCAACGCUCGAGUCCCUGGUGUGAGCAGGGGUCACACGGUUGGUGAUCUCUUCUGUGGUGCUGUGUAAGGGGACAAUGCUAACAUUGGCUGUAGAGACUUGAAAUUAGAUUUAUGCUAAAUGCAAACUGAUAGGUAAAAGAUGCAAAGCAGAAAAACUGUGUUGAGUUUUUAAUUUGGUUAUUGCAAUUUCAGAAUAGGUGGUAUGUGCAAAAGGUAGUGUAAGUCAGCCUUGGAAGGUUACAUGGAGCGUUUCCAGCUUGGUACGAGCUGACUUAAUGGCCACAAUGUACUUGUUUGCAUGGAAAGGAAUCCCCGUGGAAUUUUGCGAGACAGUUUUGUAUUUGGAGGCUUGUAAUCUACUGUGGGCUCCCCCUUGCUGUAUUGUGUUCCUUUUGUGUACCUGGAUUGUACUGUCUUGACUGUCUUCUGCUCUUCGUAGUAUAUUACUUUUGUAACUUAAUUUAGCUCUGGUUCCACAGAGGAAUUGUGAUACCUUAGAGUAUUCCUGCCAACUGUACUGAGCACACACACGUUGUACUAUUCUGCAGGCUUUUAGAUUUGUAACAUUCACAUUUUUUAGCAAAAUUUCAGGUAUAAUACUAUAUUGUUCAAUCUGGCAUAGCCUGAUGGCUCUUUCCAUCCAAAUUGGAGGAGUAUGCUAUACUUAAGAAAAAAAAGGAGAAAAUAUUCUGAAAGGUUUAAAGGCUUUUCAUUUGCUGUUCUUACCUUUCUGAUUUCAGAAAGGAAGUUGAACAUUCCUCUUGAGACCUUACAAUCAAAGAGCUCUCUUGGUUAGUUUAUAUUUGCCUUUGCAAUACACACAGAGUUAUGAAUGCUAUUUUUUAAACCCUAGGAAACAUCUGUUCUCAGGACGUGCAGGAUUGGACUCUGAGUUAUAACAUGUCUAAACUGGAAAAUUAUUUUGCAACUUAGACGUGCAGGAGAAUUUUCAAGCACAGACCAGUGUAACAAUGUUUACAUAAAGUAAUCAUUUCAAUACUAUUUUUUUUAAAAAAUGAAGUUCAUAUAUGUUGAAACAUAAGGCUUCUCUUUGUUCUAAUUUAAUUUUUCAAAUUCUGUUAAGUAAAUCCAUGUUUUAAAUCAGCAUUGCCUAUCUGUUUUUUAAAGGAAGCUUGUUCUUUUGUGCUAAAUAUUUGAGUCCAGGAUAAGUAAUAUACAGUGGUUGGUUUCGUGAGCAUUGAAGUGGGUUAAAACAUUGUCAGGACAAUUGUUGUCUUCUAUUUUGGAAGUUAUUUUGUUUGUCUAUAAGCAUGCAAGAAGGCGGCUUGAAAUUGAUAGAAGACAGAAAAAGAUCUGAUUUUCCAUGCAAAAGAGCACCGUCAGUUGGUAAAGCUGGUAACAUAAGCUUUGCUGUUAAUUAGAUGGAAACAAGUUGCAACGCUUAAAGUUCCGUACUUCCUUUUUUUUAAAGAGUGUUUUAAAAGCAAUUUGCUGCUUCUCUGCUGCUGACAAGCACUUUUUAAGUAAAGGCAGCAGAGCAUCGCUGGGCCUUGGAUUUAAUGCUAAAUGCGUUCAGGGUCGUCCUUCCCUCUUACGUCCUGCAGCAGCCUUUGCUGCCCUUUAAGUUGCUGCACCUAUGUUGUGCAAAGUCAUCUGCGCUCUGUGGGAGCGCACGCAUGAUCUGAAUUCGGAGUAGUGAAUGGAUUACUGUGUUUGCCAGCAAGUGCAUGUGUCUAACGACGUUACUGCUACAGAGUGCACGAACUAAUCAAGUAGAAAGGUCUAACUCGGUAACUGGAUAUACAAAAGAAGGGGAGGGUGUUGGGUUUUUGGUAGCUUAGCAAAUCUAGUGAUAUUUGAGACUUUACAAUAGUCUUGAGCUCUUCCUUAUUAAUAUCAGUUUGGGGAUAUGUAUGCACCUACCUGAAGGUGACAGGCACACAGGCAUUCCCCUCUCCUAUUAUUUUUUUUCAUUGUACCUUAUGACACAGCUUCUUAUAAUAGCUUUCCUAAACCUUUUGCCUUUAGUUUUUCCUUUCUGGAAGAUCCCUUAAACUAGCAGUUUUAUGACGUUACACCUGCAUGCAAAAAUCAGGCUUUCAUAGAUGUGGGGUCUUAGCAAAUUCUUAUUACACUGAUAGAAGCUUCUGGGAGGAUCUUUAGGCGUGGUUCCUCCAGCUGUUCUUGAACAACGAUACGGAACGAUUCCACAGGUUAUCUUUGUGUCCUCUGGCAAGCAAGAUAACACACACGUGUUGGUACAGAAAUGUAGAUAGGCGUGAGGUAUUUACAUGUCCAACACCAGUAAGAAUUGGAUCCUGUAAAUAUGCUGCUUGGGAUGAGGCAAAUUAUAUGCUUAACUUUAAGCAAAUCACUAAAUCCUCUGACUUCAGUGAGGGUGUUACCAUUUUAGUUUAAGCGUGUUCUUGGACAAGGCCAGCACGUGCUAUGCAUGCUGUACUGCUGCAGUAAUGGGAGUGGGUGAUGUCCCUGUCUCUUUGUUUUCCCUGAUUUCUUCCCCCCAUCUACUACAAAAGAAAACAUUCCAGUAAAAUGUAAAAAAAAAAAAUUUACUACUUAACUGGGUUCUGAGAGAAUAAAUCUGUUUGGGGGUUUGGGUUUUUGGUUUGUUUU